UUGGUGUGGCACUGUGGGACACAGAAGCCAUCUGGCAAUAAAGCAAUUUCAGAUGUAUUCUCAAACAGUGUCUGAAAAAACCGACCUUCAUGGAUUGGUAAUCACAUUUUCACCCACUGGCUUAAUAGAGGGGGGACUAAAUUAUAGCUAGACUUUUUUGUGUCCAUUUUAUUCACUUCGGAUUGUGAUGCAAUUUCAUGAAAGAUCCACAUUAUGUAUUAUAGUGACGAGAAGUGUGCUUUUGUUAGAAGCAAGCAUGUCAUAAGAACUGUCUCUACUUUAAUUUCUUUUAACAGCAAGCAACCUGUAAAAAUAUCAUAAUAAAUGUAUGGCAGGAGUGAUUCUGGAAGCUCUCUGAAGAAAUCUUUCAGAAUAUUUGCGACAUCUCACAUACCGAGUUUCCCGCCACUGUCGAGAUGUCUGUAUCUGACUUUGUCAGGCAUUUUUAACUUGCUUUGUGAUGGAGCCUUUCCGUGCCACAAUUCUCUUCACUACAUUUACAUGUGUCAACAAUGAAAUAGGAACUUCAGUGCCACGCCCAGAAUCCAAAGUUAUUUACUGACACUGCAACUGAAGUAAAGGCCUUUAGGAGAACCUGCUAUCAUUACUUCUUGUUGACUGAGAGUACAGUGCUUGUUGUCACUGAAUUUCUUAAGCCUGUGAUAUACGCCUAUCACUUUCAGUGCUUGCAAGAUUACAUGCUUCAGUGCCUCCUUGCAUUCCUGAGUGGAAAUAUGUAUAAUGGAUACAAACAAACUCCAAACCUUAAAUGAAGGAAGACAUGGAAACUUUAUUGAGGCUGCAUAAACACUGCUAGAUGUAACAGCAUGCUGAUGCAGAAUGAUAGGUGCCAGUAUGAAUGUAUCCACUGUGGAAACCAAAUACAGGACCUUUUCAAGAAGUACAGUGCUACUGUACUGAAGCUGACAGAAUGUCAAAAUUGCAAGAACAUUGCUGACAAGUAUAUUGAAUAUGACCCUGUAAUUGUUAUGAUUGACCUGGUUCUGCUGAAUGAGCAAGCUUACCGACACAUCUUGUGGAAUACUGGCUUUGAGGGCCAUUGGAAGCUUGCAGCUGUGUUGCUUUUGGCUGAAACAUAUUGCGAAUGGGUGUCCAUGAAGAAACAGUAUUCUUCAUUAAGCAAUGGAGGCUAUAAAAGUACAGAACUUAUGUUUGAAGGAGAGAAAUACUUUUACAUCACUUGCUUGCAAGUCCUUUUUGGUCACAUGCUGCUUCUUGCUACAGUGUUAGCAGUAACAAAGCUGUAUUGGAUUGUGUUUCCAAAAAAAUAUCAAGACAAUUUUACACUUUUGAUCUUUUGGAAGGCAUUUGUUCUGUCAAAUUUUGGAAACUUUCUUACAGUCGCAGAGUUAAUAUGGGAUGGCAAUGGAAAUGGAAUAACAAGUUCGUUUGUUACAAUCUACGUAUAUCUCUCACAGUUACACUCUUACUCAGUCAUUUCCAAGACCUCAAAAACAGUGGCUGGUUUUGUGGUACUACUUGGAUUUUUUACAAAAACAAUCAUAACAGAAUCAGAAACACUGCAUGUACAGCUUUACAAAUAUGCAAUGUAAAUCUGGGAAGGAUGUGUUUUCAAGGAGUUAAGAGAAAUAAAGAAUAGAUUGAUGGUGUUGAAUAAA